AUGGCACAGGCUCCAUCAUCUCCGUUAUCGCCGCACCCGUCAGCGCUUCUCUUCUUGGUCACCGGCAUCCCAGCUGCUGGAAAGUCCACUUUUCUUGCCGCUGCGCAGCGCCACGUCCUCCAACGCGAUAGCAUCUCGGGAAAAGUGCCGCUCUUCGGUGGGCGCUGCCACGGUCGCAUAUGUGCUGUGCUGGAGCUCGACAAAGUGCUCGCAGAUCUCGAUGCGGCAACAGUGCGCGAGAAAGACACAGCUGCCUCAGCAGGGGAGCAUAAGUUUAGCCCGCGACUUUGGAGGCGAGCCACGAGGCGGCUGCUGGAACUGACUCAGUCAGCGCUGCGCACGUGUAUUGCGGGCACCGUCAACGGUGACGCGACGGAGAACGCGGUGGUCCCCAUGGUCUUUGUGGAGGACAACAUGCACUACCGGAGCAUGCGAGAGCGCUAUUAUCAGGUGUGCCGCACCCUGGAACGAGAAGAGUAUUCUCUCCAGUCGUCGCAGAAAGACCCGACAGCCGCGGGGCAGUCACGGCAGGCCCUCAUUGUACUUUUCGAGCUCCGCUUCGCCACGCCGCUGGCCGUGUGCCUUGCACGCAAUGCACAGCGUGGUAAUCCUCGAGAAGGGUCCGGCAAAGAGCAGGCACGCGCAUCUGCGUGGGUGCCACCGCCGGUAAUCUGCUCUAUGGAUGCCUUGUUCGAUCACUGCUACGAGACCGCCGACCCUGCGGACCAUGCGGCGUGGGCACCAUGUCACUGGAAUGAGUGGCAGUGGACUGCAACGACCCAGCCGUGGGGGCUGCUCGUGCAUGCCACGCAAGGUGCUGAGGCGGAUGAGAUGUGUCCUACCGCAAUGUCAGAAACGGCAGCGUGUUUCUUUGACGUAGCGCUACAGCGGCCUGAGGCGUGGGACGCGUGCCAAGAGCAGUGCCGGAACAUCGCCCGCUCUCGGCUUCAGCGGCUGCGCGACGACGAGCAGAUGGAUGAGACCACGCGUCUCCGGCGUGCCGCCGAGACUGUCGAAUCUUACACGCAUCAGCUGGACCUGCAGCUUCGGGGCGUCGUGCACGCGUUCCUUCGCCAGCAGAAUCAGCAGAAAGCGUAUGGGACUGACGCUGCGCCCACGCCGCAGCGAGCGGCCCUAUUUCGCAGAAGGAUUGUAGUCGCGAAGAAAGAGGCCACACAGCAGUUCAAGGUGCAGCUGCGACAACUGAACACCGCAAAACACGAACGGAUAGACACGAUCACCAUUGACUUGCUCGGCAGUGGCAUUGAUGACAUUCAGGAGUCCGUCGUUCAACAGUUCCAGCAACAUCUGCUAGACCUCUGGCGAGAACUUGAGUAA